AUGGAUGCCCUGAGUUGCAAUGAGAAUGGGCAGCCUCUGGAUCGAGACCAGCAUUACCCCAGCAAUCAAAAGACCAAACGUAUGCGGACUUCCUUCAAACAUCACCAGCUGCGGACAAUGAAAUCCUAUUUUGCAAUUAACCACAACCCGGAUGCCAAGGACUUGAAGCAGCUUGCGCAAAAAACGGGUUUAACCAAGAGAGUGCUCCAGGUCUGGUUUCAGAACGCCCGGGCCAAAUUCCGACGGAACCUCUUACGCCAAGAGAACACGGGAGUGGACAAGGCAUCCGAUCCGGCCCUCCAGGCCGGCACCCCCUCCGGACCCGCUUCGGAGAUCUCCAACACAUCCCUGAGCCCCUCCAGGACGCCCACCACCCUCACAGACUUGACGAAUCCUAGCAUGCCUUCCGUGACGUCAGUCCUGAGCUCCGUGUCUGGCGGCUUGGAUGUCCACGAAUCCCGCAGCCCUUCACAGACGACGCUGACCAAUCUUUUCUGAUGACCACUCGAUUCCCGGGGUGGCCGGGUGGGUGGCCGGGUGGGCGUUGUCUCCUUCUGAAGGAAAGGAAUUAUCCUUUCGUCCAAUUCCAAAUGGAUUUUUAUUUUUAUUUUUUAAAAACACACACAGACACACACAAACAAACUCGGGACGUUCCCACCACUGGGCUGGAGAUCCGCCGGGUCAAAUCCAGCUGGGGUCUGAAAGCCACCGUGGAUAUUGGAGGAGUGUGACUUGGAAUGACAGCUGCCCACACAACAUUUGUGUGUCGAUGUACAGUUUUAUGGACCGGGCCAGGGAAAUGGCAAUUAAUUUAAGUUGGCUGAAGCUUGUGUGAUUUUUUCAAAGACUGCCACGUGCCUUAUUUACUCUCCAUUCCUUUGGUUUUUUUCUCUCUCUCUCUGUAUAUUUAUGACCACGUCUGAGACCACGCAAACUUCAAAAAAAAAGGGGGGGGAGGGGGGAAGGGGAGGGGGAGAGAAGUGAAAAAAAAUGUGAAUACGAGUUUUGCUACUUUAAAUUAAGUCCUCAACCUUUUCGACUGGUCCUUCCGAUGUUUUAGAAUCGAACACUCGGGAAGGGGGAAAAAAGAAGUGACACGUUUCUUCCGCUGUCAAAAUUUGUAAAAAAAAAAGGAAGAAGAAGAAGAAAAAAAUCUAACCAGUAAUAA